AUGUCCGACUUAAAUUCAGUACUUUUAAUAGGUGGAGCAGGAUUUCUUGGCCUCCACUUGAUCGAACAGUUCUAUAAACUUGCGCCAAAUACUCAAAUUCAUGUCUUUGAUGUUCGUCCGUUACCGGAAAAAUUAUCCAAGUACUUUACGUUCCCAACUGAGAAAAUAACAUUCCACCAAGGAGAUUUAACUUCUGAGGAUGAUGUUUCCAAAGCAAUCAGACUUUCGAAAUGUGAUGUAAUUGUACACUCAGCGCUGCCAAUGCAUGGGUUACCGCAAGCCAUUUAUGAGAAAGUUAACGUGCAAGGUACUAUAAACUUGAUCAAGGUUGCGAAGCAAGAGAAAGUCAAAGCUCUUGUCUAUACUUCUUCGGCUGGUGUCAUCUUUAAUGGACAAGAUAUCCAUAAUGCCAAUGAAACGUGGCCAUACCCAGAAGUACAUAUGGAUGGUUACAAUGAGACCAAGGCCAUUGCUGAGACUGCUGUCAUGGAAGCUAAUACGAAUGACUUUUUGACUGUUUGCUUAAGACCAGCCGGGAUUUUUGGACCUGGUGAUCGUCAAUUGGUUCCUGGAUUACGAGCCGCUGCUAAACUAGGACAGUCAAAGUUCCAACUUGGUGAUAAUAACAAUUUAUUUGAUUGGACUUAUGUUGGAAAUGUGGCCGAUUCGCACGUCUUAGCUGCCCAAAAGAUCUUGAGUCCAGAAUUAGCACCUAAAUUAGCCGGUGAAACCUUUUUCAUAACUAACGAUGCUCCUACAUAUUUUUGGACUUUAGCUCGUACUGUUUGGAAGGCUGAUGGUCAUAUUGACUCUUACAACAUUGUAUUACCUAAACCGGUUGCGUACGUUGCUGGUUAUUUAUCGCAAUUCUUUUCAAAACUCUUGAAGAAGGAACCUGGACUUACUCCAUUUAGAGUUAAAGUGGUCUGUGCUACUCGUUACCAUGAUAUAUCCAAGGCAAGGGAACUUUUAGGUUAUAAACCAGCAGUUGAUCUUGAAACAGGUAUUAAUUAUACAUUAGAGUGGAUGAACGAAACAAGUUAA